CUUUUCUCUCUCUUUUCUUCUUUCUCUCCGCAGACAUCAGUUCUCCUUUUUUGACUAAAAUUCUUCUGCGACCUCGCCUUCUCUUUAAUCCGUUCCCAGCGAAUCUCACUGCUUUCAUCAGAAAAUCACUCCCUUUGUUUUUUUUUUCUUGCAAGAACUAUAUGUUGGUCUGAUCAGUAAACCAUCUGUGUUUGUUUUUUUUUUAAAUUCUUUUGUCUGUGUUGGAGAGAUGGGUUUGGAAGAUACUGAUGCUGUCAAAGCUAAAGUAAACUUGCAAUCGAAGAAGCAAUCUAAAGAGAGUGAGAAUCACAAAAAGAAGAAAAACAAAGGGGAAGAAGAAGAAGAAGCAAGUGGGUGUUGGCUCAACUUCAGGUUUAUGUUUGGUUGCGUACCUUCAAAACCAGAUGUUGAUGCUUCUUCAUCUUCCUCUUCUCUUUAUGCCACUACCAGCCCCACCGUGGAAAGUAAAGAUGCAAAUGAGAAACCAAAUGAUCAACCAGUUUCCUCCACAACAACAACAACUAGCAAAUCAGGAAGCUCAUCCUCAACCCCAAUGAUCAGUGAAGAACUUAAGGUUUAUUCUAACCUGACCAAGUUCACUUUCAAUGACCUUAAGCUAGCUACUAGAAAUUUCAGAUCAGAGAGUCUUCUUGGAGAAGGUGGUUUUGGUUGUGUCUUUAAGGGAUGGAUCCAAGAACACGGUACUGCUCCUGUUAAACCUGGUACUGGCAUUACUGUAGCUGUUAAAACCUUAAAUCCUGAUGGACUUCAAGGUCACAAAGAAUGGCUUGCUGAGAUCAAUUUCCUUGGGAACCUUCUUCAUCCAAAUCUUGUAAAGCUGGUUGGUUAUUGCAUAGAAGAUGAUCAAAGACUGCUUGUUUACGAGUUUAUGCCUCGAGGAAGUUUGGAGAAUCAUCUCUUUAGAAGGUCGUUGCCUCUUCCUUGGUCUAUUCGGAUGAAGAUUGCAGUAGGUGCUGCGAAAGGUCUCAGUUUCCUCCAUGAAGAAGCUUUAAAGCCGGUCAUCUAUCGAGAUUUCAAAACCUCAAACAUUUUACUUGAUGCAGACUACAAUGCAAAACUGUCUGAUUUUGGACUUGCUAAAGACGCUCCUGAUGAAGGCAAAACACAUGUCUCCACUCGUGUCAUGGGUACAUAUGGUUACGCUGCUCCUGAAUAUGUAAUGACCGGUCACUUGACGUCAAAGAGCGAUGUGUAUAGUUUCGGCGUGGUUCUACUCGAGAUGCUAACUGGACGAAGAUCUAUGGACAAGAACCGUCCAAACGGUGAACACAACUUAGUGGAAUGGGCAAGACCGCAUCUACUUGACAAAAGAAGGUUCCACAAGUUACUUGAUCCGAGGCUGGAAGGUCAUUUCUCGAUAAAAGGUGCACAAAAAGUGAUUCAGCUCGCUGCACAGUGUCUAAGCCGUGACCCCAAGAUUAGGCCAAAGAUGAGUGAUGUUGUGGAAUCCCUGAAACCACUUCCGCAUCUCAAAGACAUGGCGAGCUCUUCUUACUACUUUCAGACAAUGCAAGCUGAACGUUUGAAAAACGGGUCGGGUCGGCAACCACAACCCGUGUUUAGGACACUGUCUAGUCCUCAUGGAUCUCAGGGAGGAAACGGGUUUGGAUCAAGAAAGGGUGGUCAACCACAACCUGUGUUUAGGACGUUGUCUAGUCCUCAUGGUUCCUCGCCUUAUAGACAUCAGAUUCCUUCUCCAAAACCUACAAGGACCAGCAACUACAUAGCGGUGGUGGACAACAAACAAAAAGCCUAAAUGUUUAAAGCUUUUACGUUUUUAACCGAUGUUACGGUAAGAAAUUGCAUGGAUUAAUGUAAGAAUUAAGAACACAAGAAAUCGUAUUGUCACGGAUUCGAACGAAACUUGGUGUAGAAGUCUUUAAUCUUAAACAUUAGGCUAAGUUUUUUAAAACUUCACAAUUAGAGCACGGUG